UACAAAAUCCAGGGGAUAAACCCCAUUGCUUAUUACCAUGUGUUUGUGGAAGUGGUAAUGAUUGAUGGGUAUUACUGGCAUUAUCAGAACAGCAAAUGGACUCAAAAUAAAAAGAAAGAGAAGGAUGUUGCAGGGAACCAGCUUUCUAUCCACCCAGUUUCACCCAACACAGGGGCCUACUGGAUGAGGCAAGAGAUAUCAUUUAGAAAACUCAAGCUGACUAACAAAAAGGAAACUUCCAAGAAUGAGAACCAGGUCAUACAACUAAACAUUCAUUGUAGUCUCUUUGCCAAAGAUUUUAGAGAAAGCCUGCCUCCCAGAGAAAGCUUGAAUAAAUCUUUCACCGAGGCCUAGAAGAGAAGGGGCCUGAAGAGAAACUUUGAAUCUAUCUCUAAGGAACAUGUGAAAAACAUUCUGAACUUUGCUCAUUUUUUAAAUUUGUGCCUCUGUGUGGAGGUUUAGG